AAGGUGUCGCCCGAAUUUUUGAGCACGCUGAGGUGGAGGAUGGAGGAGCUGGAGACGCUGGAGAGCACCGAGUGCCCUGAGUGCCCCGGCCCACCCCCCGAGUUCCGGUUGCCGCCACCACCCCGGCCACCCUUCCUCACCGACGGCACCUUUUGCUCGGAGGAGCCCCUCACCGAGAUCGAAGAUUGCGUCGCCAUCCCGAUGAUCGAUGCGUCGUACCACACGAAUCCAUCGCUCCAGAGCACCGCCCUGAUCAUAACGUGCGCAGUGGUGGUCCUCCUGAUGGCAGCAGUCGUCUCCGUCGUCUUCUGGAAGCACAAGCGGAAAGUGCAGAACCUGUUACCGUGCAAGAGCGCAGCGGGAGCUGCGGCGGCGGCGGCGGCGGGGAGCGCGGGUGGCGCGGUGCUGUACGAGGACCUGCCGGAAGCGGUGACGCACUCGCAGCUGCACAAUCACCUGCCCAGUCACCACCACCCGGGCCAGGCGCCGACGAUCGAGAUGCUGGACGUCAAGGAUACUAGCAGAGGAGUCUUCGUGUGCAGCAGCCCUGGACCUGAACCGUACACGUCCCAGGAUCUCUACAAUCCUGUCUACGAGGAGCUCAGUAACGAGGACCAUCCGAAAGCGGACGAAGAGAGCGAGCUGAACGCCAGGAAUCGGUUGCACCAUCAUCAUCAUCGCCAUUAUCACCGUGGCUCCUCGUCGAGGAUCAAGGACGAGCCACCGCGGCCGACGGUCGACGAUUUCGCCGAGGACGAUUUCGCCGAGGACGAGCUGUCCCUGGGUGAACCGUCCGAGGCGAGAAGGUUAACCUCGUCUACCGGUCCUACGUGGGGCACCUGUCCGGCUGGUGGCAGGCCACCGCGGGAGAGACGAGGUAGGAGCCCCAGGAGCCUCGACAGGUGCCGGAGAGACGAGAGCCACGAUGUGGGAGAGUUCCACGAGGGGAUGCUGCUCGACGCGUUGCUACAGCUCUAUCCUAGCGUCGCUGGUGUAGCUGGCACUCGAUCGAAUAGCAAUCAACGACAACAGUCCGUCCCGUCGGUGGCCCACAGGUUACCGUACUUCGUACCACCGAUGCCAGCCACGCAGGCACUCAGGGUCGAGGAGAACCCGUACGAGAGUGUACCGGUGCUCGGACCUCUCCACCAUUAUUCCAGCCAAAGCAGAAGCAACAAGGUUAGGACACGCAAGUCGAACGACAAGUACAAGUACUCGGCGCAAUACGGAGGAGAGUAUUACGGUCUGCAGAACCAGGAGAGCGCCCCUGUUUACACGCAGGUGGGCGGCGAAUAUUCCGACACCUAUUCGCAACCGACGGAUCGUCUGUAUAACGAGGACAAGUACACGCAGCCGGUGUACUACGCGCCACGGGACACCGAGCAGAUCACUUCCGGUAGGCUGUACCAGGGCCAGCCGGACAGCAGUUUCGGUAGCGACAGUGGAUACAGCCAUCACACGUCAGACACGACCGGUACGACCGGCACGCGUAGCAGUAACUCGAGGACGAAUCACAGGAAGGACAAGCAUCGAAAUUCUCAUCAUUCCCAUCACUCCGCGGACUAUAUCGUAUCCUAA